AUGAAUUAUGAACACUCUUAUGAGUUUUCUUCCCUUUCCUCACCGUCUUCAUCAUCGUCCGGGACAGACCAAAGACUGUAUUCAGACAACAACUCCGGAUCAAAAGGGAAGUCGCCAUUAUCAUCCUUGGUGUCAGAUUCGCCACCGCAAUUAGUACCCCAUAAGAAAAGGGCAGGAAGAAAGAAGUUCAAAGAAACUAGGCAUCCGAUUUAUAGAGGAGUUAGGGAGAGGAAAAAUGAUAAAUGGGUUUGUGAAGUUAGAGAACCAGGUAAUAGCAAAUCAAGAAUUUGGCUCGGAACUCAUUCAAGUCCUGAAAUGGCAGCCAGAGCGUAUGAUGUUGCUGCAUUAGCUCUUAGAGGAAAAUCGGCUCCGCUGAAUUUCGAAGAUUCUCCGUGGGUUUUACCUCGUGCUAAGUCAUCGUCUAUCAAAGAUAUUCAAUCCGCUGUUGCUGAAGUCUCUCUAGGUUUCCCAUUUUUUGCUGAUACCGGAGCACCACCGAUGAUGAACGCACCGUCAGAGACUUUUCCUUUUAAGCAAUUUUCCAGACGAGUGGAAAAUAACGUUGAUGAAGUUGAAGAAAGUUCUUCCACGUUUUUGGAUGAAGAAGCGUUGUUUAAUAUGCCGUCGUUAAUGGCCAGCAUGGCAGAAGGGAUGCUACUUGACCCACCACAAGAGGGUUACUAUAUCGAUGAUGUGGAGUAUGGCAUGGAUGGAAAUUUGUGGAGUGAGUAG